CUCGCCGUAGUUGUUCGUAGGCGUAGCCAGUGAAGCGUUUGCGGAAGUAUUGCUCUCUGAGCGGCUGACAGGCACAGACAGAGGCAGAGGAGAAGAGUGCUGAACAAUCCCUGUUAAACAUGGACCUGAGCUCGGAGUCCGUCAAAAAGAUUCUCUCUAGGUACAAAUUUCGAGAUGUUGCCAUUGAGGAGCUUCAGAAGGUCAACCGAGUUUAUCCCGACAUGAAACUCCUGGUUGGCGCUUACACGUUUAGUGACAGCUCCCAGAGGGACCUGCUGAAGUUGGUGGGCAACAUCCCAGUCAGGUACAGAGGUCGGUCUUACAACUUGCCCAUCCAGUUAUGGCUGUUGGAUUCGUUCCCCUUCACACCUCCCAUUUGCCUCCUGCGACCCACUGCCAACAUGAUAAUCAGAGAGGGAAAGCAUGUGAACGCACAGGGCAGGAUCUUCCUGCCUGCCCUGCACAGCUGGGACCAUCCAAAGUCAUCUGUGACUGCGCUGGUGUUGGAGAUGAUUGCUAAGUUUGAAGAGGAACCUCCUCUGGGCAUGAAAUCUACAGGAGAUGGAAACGAUCCCAAUGAGCUGCUCGCUUUUGUGUCCCAUCUAAACAUCACGGAAGGUGGGAAUCGGCCUGAUCAGAGCAUAAAUAAAGUGUCUGUGAUUGGAGGGGGAGACUUGGGGAUGGCAGCUGUGUUGAGUAUCAUGGCAAAAGUCUUUGUGGAUAAAUUGGUUUUGAUUGACAUACCAGAGAGUUCAACCAAGGGUGGUACAGUGGACCUGGAGAUUUUCAAGUUGCCCAAAGUCGAAGUCUCAAAAGACCUGUCGGCCUCAGCUGGCUCCAAAGUGGUGGUGGUGACUGCAAAUGCCUGGAGUGAGGAGCAGUCAUACGUGAGUGUAGUGCAGACUAAUGUGGAUCUGUACCGCCGCAUCAUCCCAAGCCUGGCCCAGCUCAGCCCCACUGCAGUGCUGCUCAUCGCCUCUCAGCCUGUGGACGUAAUGACACAUGUGGCAUGGAGGCAGAGUUGCUUUCUACCGACGCAUGUGAUAGGUGCAGGCUGUAACCUGGAAUCAGAACGGCUCUCUUAUUUCCUCAAUGUUGCUCUGCUGGCCAAGAGCACAAACAAACAGGCCUGGGUCAUAGGAGAGCUCUCUGACAACAAAGUCGCUGUAUGGGGUAAUGGAGGAUCAGGUGGGGACAAACAGCAAGUGUUGAUCCCAGUGUCCAGCUCUACAAAGCCACUGAUGGACAGGGCAUUCGACAUGUUGAAGGGGAAAGGUCAGAGAUCCUGGUCUGUUGGGCUCUCCAUCGCUGACAUCACUCACAGCAUUCUCACAGACCAGAAGAAAACACACUCCAUCACCACUCUGGCUCAGGGAUGGGGAGGUAUUGGUUCAGAGGUGUUCCUCAGCUUACCUUGUGUGCUUGGGGCAAAUGGGUCCACUCGCCUGGCAGGAGUGGCUUUCAGCCCAGAAGAUGAUGCCAAACUGAGGGAAAGUGUCACAUCUCUAAGCAACUUCUUCAUGCAGUUGAGGAUAUAACUCUACAAACCUCAUAUACCAGCACUGCUGCAGACAUCCAAAGCACCUUCAGCAUCUUGUGGACAAUUGAAGUCUCAAAAUUAUCCUCUUUCUGAUCCACACUUUUCCACAGCCUCACUAGCUGUGUUUCAUGCAAUAUAAUUGCAUGCUUAGACUGCAUGUGCCUUUCGGAAAAACGGUUGACUGCAUGCAAAGUGGCCAACUGAAAAGAAUGUGAUAAUAGAAUAUAAGGCAGUAUCAUUAGCUUCCAGGUGAUGGCGUUGCCUGAACUGCACUACCCUUAACUUGCAAGGAAGAAAAUGAAAGUUUCAAGUAAAAGUAAGUUUGUUCUACAGAAUCACAGAACGUCAUGACCAAAAAACUGGAGAUAUUUAGAGAGUAUAUUCUCCUGCCAAUGAUAUUGUGCUCCAAAUCAGACUGCAGUCAUGAAAACAAGACUGAUGCAGUCUUAUCUGCAGUUUUUACUUGAAAUACCUAAAAUUUGCCUUCUGAAGAAUUCUGACCUCGACUAGCACUACUAUCCUAAACCUUCGCAGUCCUACAAAGAUUGUAUAAGAGGCGGUUUUGCUGGGGAUGAUUGUAAUAGGGCCUGAAGAAUGUCAAAGUCACGUUGUAACACUCCUUUUAAUCAACUACAUUCUUGGUGUACUUUAUAUAUUUUAUGUUUACAACAGUUACUCUAUUUAAGUGCAAUUUUUUCUUACCUGUCACAUGCUGAUCUAUUUAUGGAAUUAAAAAUUACACUUGAAAGUGAAGUUACCCUCUU